AGUGCUGAUCUCCGAAAUUCUCAAAACCCUAGUUUGGUUCCGCUUGCUCUUCUCCCUAUAUAGUUAUCUUAUCCUGGCUGCCUCUCUUCCUAAAGGAAAAAAAAAAAAAAACCCUAGAAAACAGCAGCAGCAGCUUCUCUCUUCUCUGUCCAAGCCAUGGCCACCGAGACCCUUAUUCUUCGCGGCACCAUGAGAGCCCACACUGACCAGGUCACAGCAAUAGCCACACCAAUUGACAACACUGACAUGAUUGUCAGUGCAUCCCGCGACAAGUCCAUCAUUCUUUGGCACUUAACCAAAGAUGAAAAAACCUAUGGUGUCGCUCGCCGUCGUUUGACUGGUCACUCCCACUUCGUACAAGACGUUGUUCUCUCCUCCGAUGGUCAGUUCGCUUUGUCCGGUUCCUGGGACGGCGAGCUCCGCCUCUGGGACUUGGCUACUGGUGUCUCUGCUCGCCGAUUCGUCGGCCACACCAAGGAUGUGUUGUCUGUUGCCUUCUCUUUUGAUAACCGACAGAUCGUUUCUGCUUCAAGGGAUAAGACAAUCAAGCUGUGGAAUACUCUUGGUGAAUGCAAGUAUACCAUUCAAGAGGCUGAAUCUCAUACCGACUGGGUUUCGUGUGUGCGUUUUAGCCCAAGUACGUUGCAGCCCACGAUUGUUUCUGCUUCAUGGGAUAAGACAGUGAAGGUUUGGAAUUUGACUAACUGCAAGCUGAGGUCUACCCUUGCAGGGCAUAGUGGAUAUGUGAACACGGUGGCUGUUUCGCCAGAUGGGUCAUUGUGUGCAAGUGGAGGGAAAGAUGGGGUGAUUUUGUUGUGGGAUUUGGCUGAAGGAAAGAAGCUUUAUAGUUUGGAUGCAGGUGCAGUGAUUAAUGCGUUGUGCUUUAGCCCUAAUAGGUACUGGUUAUGUGCUGCCACAGAGAAUAGCAUUAAGAUUUGGGAUCUGGAGAGCAAGAUGGUUGUUGAUGAUUUGAAGGUUGAUCUAAAAGCCGAAGCUGAGAAAUCCGAGGGUACUACCGCAACUGCUGUCAGUACCAAGAAGAAGAUCUACUGCACAAGCUUGAACUGGAGUGCUGAUGGAAGCACCUUGUUCAGUGGCUAUACCGAUGGUGUUAUCCGGGUCUGGGGAGUUGGUCGCUAUUAGGAAGCUUUGAGUAGUUGCCAGGCGCCUUCUUUUUGUUUGAUGAUAAAGCAAACGCUUUUUUUUCCCCUUACUUUUUAGUAGUUAAGACCUCUUUAAGAUUUUAUUGGAAGUAUUGGAUCUUAUGCUCUCUCUUUAUGAUGGAUGUUAUACUUCUGUUUGAGCCCCUGC